AUGAAAUUAUAUUUUGAAGCAGAGAAAUUCUUAAAGCCUAGUAAUAAUAAUAAUGGAUCUCUUCAAUCUCGUAUCUUCAAUGAUACCAAAUUAACUAAUUCACCUAAACAUAUUUAUGCCGUUGUUUAUUCAACGCUUAAAUAUAAACCUUAUAUAAAUAUAAUUAUUCAAAAAUCCAAGAUAAAACAAUCCCUUCAAAUGAAGAAAUUGAAAAUAUCCGAUGAAUUAUUACAAUUAUUAAUCCAUGAUUUAUUAUUCUCAUCAAAAGGAAGAAUUCAAAGUGGGAAACAUCCAAUUAAGGAUGCAUUCUUAUCUAAUAAAACAAGACUUCAGGCAGAAUUCACAAAAUUAAAAUUAAAAUAUAAGGCUAAAUCAGUUUCAGAAUUACCCACCAAAGAAGCAGAUGAAGAUGAAACUCCAGUCAGAUGGUUUAGAAUCAAUACCAUCAAAAUCGACCCAGCAUCAUUCUUUAAAAAAUAUCCAUUUUUCCAAAAUCUCCAACCAGUAAGCACAUUUCAAGAAUUAACAACCACAGGCAUGUUAUACACCGAUGACUACAUCCCCAACCUAUUCGGAAUCUACCCCCGUGAGAAAAUAACCUCAACAGAAGCGUAUAAAAACGGCCACAUCAUUAUCCAAGAUCGUGCAUCUUGUUUCCCAAGUCAUAUCCUAAAUCAAGACCCCUCCGACAUCCACCACGAAGUCAUAGACGCAUGUGCCGCCCCUGGAAACAAAACAACCCAUGCUGCAUCAUACUUACCAACCCCUGAGUCCGUAGUCUAUGCAUUCGAAAGAGACGCCAAAAGAGUAGAAAUCUUGAAAACAAUGUGUGAUCGUGCUACAGGAAAGACCUAUAAAUCAUUAAUCCAAAUCACCCAUGCUGAUUUCCUAACCACAUCUCCACAAGAUUUCACCAAUGUCACGGGACUUAUAGUAGAUCCAUCCUGUAGUGGAUCGGGGAUCUUUGGUCGUGCCUUGGAGGAUUCAGAACAACAACAACAAGAGGUGGAUACUGCCAGAUUGAACAAAUUGGCAGCAUUCCAAUUCAAGAUCGUUAAACAUGCCAUGCAAUUUCCAAAAGCGAGAAAAGUAGUAUAUUCAACCUGUUCAAUCCAUGCCGAAGAGAAUGAAAAGGUUGUGAUUGAUUUAUUGAAUGAUGCCGAAAUUAAGAAACAAGGAUGGUGUCUUGCUCCUAGGGAGAUAGUUAUUCCAGAAUGGGAGAGAAGGGGUUGGGAACAAGAGUUUUCAUCUAUUUCAGGGGAUGAGGAAGAAAGGAAAAGAUUGGCAGGUGGGUGUGUGAGGGCGAAUCCUAAAGAAGAUGGGGGCAUUGGAUUUUUUGCAGCUUGUUUUAUAAAACAAAAGGGUGCAAAAAAUAAUAAGAAGAAAGAGUCAGCGAGACAAAAUGAUCAGAAGAAGAACGGCUCCAAAGAAGACAAAGUGGAAGAUGGAAAUAAUGCCGUUGAUAAAAUGGAUAAGGAAGAACAAGAAGCGCAGGAUGAAUGGAGUGGAUUUGAGGAUUAG